ACAGUAAGCGAGUGAGUGUUCCAGAGUGUAGUUCCUUUCCCCCUCUCUCUUUCUCUCUCUGUUUUCUUUAGUCUCGUCACCAUGAAAUUUCCAGGAGUGUUUCUGUUCCUCAUAUUUGUCCUUUACAUGGUUCCGAAUGACGUGACUUGCGAGAACAGGUCCCGGCGUGAUUCACCAAGGAACCCUCAGCCUUCACUAAUGAAAAGAUUCAAGCUACGGCCUGUGGGAAUGUUGCCUUUCUCUCUGCAACCAUGCAAUGAAAAGCCUCAAGUUUCCCAUGCCACGGUGACGUGUGGCUACAGCGGAUGUUACGUGCAAUGCGAUGAGGAUUACAUGAUAGCGUCUAGUUUGGAGGGAAUCAACUUGCCAUGUGACCAUUCCUCCGCCAAACUGACCUUUGACGGCAAACCUUGGCUGGCUGAAGAUGUGCAGUGCAUUCCUUACUGCGGUGUACUGGGCUGUCUGCAUGGCGGAGUGUGUACAGAACCACACAAAUGCCAAUGCCAGCCAGAUUACCGAGGCGACAACUGCGAGAUACCCCCUGGAGACAUCCCUAUAGCCCCUCCCGUCCCUGUGGUGUACCCUGAGAGCUGCAGCGAUCCUGAUUUCCCGGUAGUGAACGCUGAAGUGACCAGGAACGGAGAACAGUUGGUGGUGAGGUGCUCCCCGGGUCACGAGUUCAGCAUCGGGGGAACUGUGGCCUUCAUCCAGUGUCGCGCGGGGAGAUGGGACUACCCAAGGGGGAUAUUCUUGCACGGGGGAGCCCUCAUGUGUCAAGAGAAGCAAUGCCAUCCGCUUGCCAGAACGGGGGGACCUGCCUGCCCGGGGGUGUGUGUGACUGUCCCUACCAGUACUGGGGCCCCACGUGUGGUAGUCUGCGCUGCUCACUGCCCAAAGCCUCGCACCUCGCCCAUGCCUCCAUAGGCGGGACUUCCUUGAGGAUGAAGAUACAGUGUCACCCGGGCUACACAAUGCUGAACAACAGACGCACGCAGACCAUCUUGUGCCGCAGUGGCAUGUGGGUGUUGCCUCGCCGUGGCUAUCUUAUCGACAUUGAUGUCAAGUGUUAUGCCGAUGACCAACUGGAGAGUGUGAAAAGUGUGAAAAGUGGAAAAUAGAAAGAAAAGAAGAUUAGAGAGGGAGAGGAGAAACCAGUGACAGACAGACAGACAGACAGACAAAUAGGCCGGGAAAUUUAUGAAGCCAAGAAUAUCAAUAAUCUCUCUCUCUCUCUCUGAUGAUGAUGUAAUGGCCAGUAUGAAUAAUAAAGAAGUUAUGCAUUAUA